AUGCAAGACGGCUGUCGUGGAGAGAAGAAACUGGUGGGAUUCGUGUGUCUCUGGGAGAACCAGGGGAAGGACCGGAGGAGGACCAGAGGAGAACCAGGGGAAGGACCGGAGGAGGACCAGAGGAGAACCAGGGCUGGAGCAUUCAGAGCAGCCUGCAGGGAGAGGGAGACACAGGGCACUAACAAAACACAGCCGAGCAGUCAUCCAUGGGAUCCCAGAGGCAGGUGGGAAGGCACACCGGAGAGAGAAUGA